AUGUCUGGACUCAGUCGCGACCAAACAGUUGAGCUCCUGAAGACGGGAAAGUACUCAGAUUUCACGAUCAAAUGCGGUAACAAAAGCUUUGCUGUGCACAAGGCCAUCAUUGCUUCCAGGUCAGACUUCUUCCGGGUUGCAAUCGACAGUGGCUUCAGGGAGACCAUCGAGAAUGAGAUCACAAUAGGAGAGGCCCCACCUUUGGCUGUUGCAAUGGUCAUCGUCUACUUGUACAUCUUUAAAAGCUCCAAGCAAUGUGAUCUCGGCAAGCUCUGGGGUUUCUUCUGCCAAACGUUUCUCCGUGAGUUCACAGACGGCGAGCAUGAUGAAACCUUGGGAUUCGAAGACACAAUCAACCUCUAUCUCCUGGCAGACCGCUUCAUGCUUCCAGAGCUCCGCAGAGCUGCAGACAAGAACAUCGGCUGGCGCCUUGUAACGCAAUGGAGGAUGGAAGGAGAAGAUUACGACGAAGACGUUACACUGGAAGACUGUAUCGAAAAGAUAUACACCAUGGUUCCAAGCUCUGUUGACUUGAUCCGUUGCUUGACAACCUGGAUUCUGAGCGGUAGCGAAGUCUCUCGUUUGCUGCUCGGCCAGCGACUGGCUGACGCUAUGGAAGAGGAAUGGCACGGACGUAUUCUCGACUUGGCAAAGACAUACGAUCCUGAAGGAGUUACCUCUGGCAAGCUCUGGCUGCAGCAGCUACAGUACACGAUGCAGGCAGUGGGUCGCUGGAAGACGUCUUGCAUCGUGUGCCCGAAGACCGGCCAACACUGGCUUUACGCCCGCCAGCUCGAACACUCAUGGAGCGUGUGGAGACGGGCACCUCGGAGAUGCGUUUGA